UUCAUUUUCAGGAGAAACAGUUGAACUUGGAAGGAAGGCUUCACGUUUCCAUAGUCAUGGCACUCUUUUCUUCUCUAACCCCAGUCUUUAUAGCCAUUAUAUGUGUUUUGAUUGGGGUAAUACUGAAGAAGAAUAAUGGAGAGAAGGAGAAGUGUGGGACUAAAAGCAAGUCUCACCCAUGGGUGGAUGAAGAUUUAAAAGAUGGCACUGAUCAACACUUAGAGGAAGAAGAGGCUGAUGAGGAGUGGCAAGGACUUGAGGAAAAUGUUGCCCAUGUCCCCUUCUUUGGGGAGCGUUACUCUGAGGCCGAAAUGAUUAAAAGGUCGCAGAUGUUUUAUGAGCUUCUCAAUAAGAGGAGGUCUGUCAGGUUUCUCAGUGAUGAGCCAGUCCCCAGGGAGGUUAUCGAUAAUGUCAUCAGAACAGCAGGCACUUCACCCAGUGGAGCACACACUGAGCCCUGGACCUUUGUGGUAGUUCAAGAUCCAUAUUUAAAACAUAAGAUUCGUGAGAUCGUAGAAGAAGAAGAAGAAAUCAACUACAAAAAAAGGAUGGGAGACAGAUGGGUUAAUGACCUCAAAAGACUGAGAACUAACUGGAUCAAAGAGUACUUGGACACUGCUCCCUAUCUGAUCCUCAUUUUCAAGCAGGUAUAUGGACAGCUUCCAAAUGGCAAAAAGAAGACCCACUACUACAACGAAAUCAGUGUUUCUAUUGCCUGUGGUAUCCUGCUUGCUGCACUGCAGAAUGCAGGUCUCUAUACUGUGACCUCCACACCCCUCAACUGUGGUCCCCAACUCCGGGAGCUGCUCCAGCGCCCAGCAAAUGAGAAGCUACUCUUGCUGCUUCCAGUUGGCUAUCCCAAGAAGGAUGCUACUGUGCCUGCGCUGACCCGAAAGCCACUGGAAGAUAUUAUGGUUGUCAUGUGAGCCCAGUGCCACAAGGAAGAAGCACAUCUCUGCUGCCAGCUAGUAAGCAACAGCCUCUGAAGUUGCUGUUUCACUGCUGCUUCCAUACGUUGCCCUCCUAUGUCACUGCUGCUCUCGCUGUUUACACUUGUAUUUCUUUUAGUGCUAGUCUAAUCACAGUGGCUGCUUCUACUAAUAGCAGCGAGCAAGCACUGUAUUUGACAGGGGCUGUUGUGCCAGGGGACAUGUACAAUGACGUUUAAAUGACUUUUGUCACUUGAUUUUUCUUGUGCAGUGUAUGGAGAGAUCUUUCUUUGAACUGAAAUGCGUAUUCUCUUUAUACUCAUGUGAUUAUCAUUAGGCAGUUAUUUUCACUUCAGAAUUUUAGUGGAGGUUGUAUUAAAAGAUAUAAAGAGGUGAAACCAAUAUGUCUUAUCUUGAUCAGGAUGUACUAUUUAAAUGCCCCUUCCUCUUCAUUAUGUUCAGUUCUGUGUUGGAGGAAGCUAAUUUUCUUAUAUACAAUAGUAUUUUCCCUACUUGAUUGAUCUCAAAAACCUUGACUGUACUAGGCUUUCUUAAACUACUGCUGGUACAAGUGUCUUUGGCUAGGGGAGAUCUAGUAGGAACAAGGCAAUCAAGUAAUUUCCUUGUUACCAUUUAUUUAUACACGUUCCAGAGACAGAUCAUAUGGCAGCUGUCAGUCAUGCCCCCUAUGUUUGUUGCUUCCACUGGAAGUGGCUCAGAGGAAACAACUAUUCUGGUUACCCCUUUUAACCUACAGCUAUUCUGUUUUCACACCCUGCAAUUUAAACUGCUGUAGAGACUGUUAACACAUGAGAGGUGGUUUCAUGUCACACCAAAUCAGGCGUAUUUUGGUUUAUUUCGAGGUAAGACUUCCUAUUAGAAGCCCUUUCUACAGGCGAGAUGUGAAUGGGCAUCUGCGGGGCUUGCUCACUGCAAGGGCUGAUGCUGCUGAUACCUGCGCUGGUAGAGCCCCCUCGUGGGGCUACAGUUCCUGCUGGCUUCAGGAACAACGCAAGAUGAAACACUGAAAGAGGCAAGUCCUUCCAUGAAGCUGCCCAUGUUCUGUGAAAUAUUUUCCCACCCUACUUUCUGCUGCAUGUGACUUCAGGCAUAUUGAGCCAAACUGGCGUCAGCCUUCAAGGUGAGUUGCUCAAGUUAAGUCGCUGCACCUUGACUGAAAUCAGUCCUGUUGAACAUGACCUGUUGUCAGCUGAGAAAGUGGAGGGGAUAGUAUUUUGCAGAGGUACAGCUUUGUGUGGUGUGAAGGCCCCUCCAUCACCCAAUGAGAAAAACUGCUUGUCUCUGUGGCAGGCAGUUUGGCUGGUAUUUAGCAGGCAUGGCUAUGUGCUCACCUGUUUUACUAGCUCCCUUUCACAUCCUCAGUGGCACAGCAAUGGCAGGAGGAGCUUCUCAUGCAGACCUGAUAUGAAAAGAGCUUUUAUAACUACAUCAAAAUAAAGAAGUCCUGUUUCUACAUGCUUGCAAGGUCUAAAAACUGGUCAAGGAGAGAGGGAAGAGCCGAACCAAGUCAAGGCUGACCAGCUGCAGGUCCCCAGUUAUCCAGAAUUAACGUUAAAGUCAGUGUAGCAACGUUUCCUCUGUGCAGAUGCUGCUCUGGCAUUUCAGGUGCUUUGGCUAAGCAGUUUAUGUCUGCCCAAAAUGUAUACAAAGCCUACUAUGUUUGUUUUAAAUCAGAGUUCGUAUCCAUAGAGGGCUGAUAUUCUGUCACUUUGAGAUCUCUUCUAUAGCUACAGAAAUAAUCUGCUUCUGCCUGGCCUCAGUCUGCAAAACAAACAGCAUAUUUAUUCCACAACAGCACUCAGAGAAACUUACCAAAUGAACUCACUUUAAACCAGCCUGAGCUUGCAUAUAUAAGGCUAUUUCUAGUAUGGUUUCAUAAUUAAAAAACAAACAAUGAAGAACUAAACCACUUUAAAUAUAUUAAAAUUGUUACCAUAACAAUAAUAAAUAUUUGUAUAUAUAUAUAUAUU